GACGUGGAGGGAUGCUCACUCUCAUCAGUAGCUCCCCACAAUCAAAAACAGGACUAGGUGCAUCACCUGUCACUGAGCUAACAAGCUAAAGUUAGCCACAGAAAUGUUCGUUCAGCCUGUUAAUUAUUUCAGUCCGAUUUGACUUAUUUUACGAAGUCAGCAUGGCAUUAGCAUAGUUUCUUUCGGUUUUUGAUCUUAACAUUGUUGCUGGAUAGAUACUUUGAUAGCUAAAAUGCUGGCACAGCUAGUUAGGUAAUGCUAACGACGCUAACCUCACUCUAGUUCCCGAGAGAGAGCAGCGUUUUGUUUUCUAGGCCCUCCAUUCCCAACCCUGAAGCCCCCUGUCCCCAGCAGGAAAGACCAGGAAAAAGUGUUGGCUUCAGAUCUUACACCCUAUUAGCUCAACCACAGUCCUCACAGCUGCAGUCGUCUGCCCCUGCACCUGCUACACCGACCACGACAGGUGAUACAGGUAAUUAUCACAUGCAUGUAUACACACAUGCACGCUCUCCCUCACUUGGGGCUCUAUUCAAUCACGUCUGCUUUAGUUGACCUCCACAUAGCAGUUGUUUUGGCGGUAUCUGAGGUGAAACUGUGUUAGAGUAUGCUGUCCUUGUAAAUAACAAUUUUUUCUUAACUGGUUCCAUAUGUGUUAUUUCACAGUUUUGAUGUCUUCACUAUUAUUCUACAAUGUAGAAAAUAGUCAAAAUAAAGAGAACCCCUGGAAUAAGUAGGUGUGUCCAAACUUUUGACUGGUACUUAUUUUGAUCCAAAGCCAUGAAUGAGUGAGUCACUCAGCUUUAUGUAGGUGCCGGCUAAAUGGCUGUGCCAUCAACUUGAUAAUAUAUAACGGUAUUUUGGAGGUUAUUUAGUAAAAAAAAAAAAAAAAAAAGUGAGCAAUUGUAAUCUGAAUAAAGGCCAAAAUAAUAUUUGUAAAGGCCAAAACAUUUAUUUCUGUUUUUAGAGGGAGAGAAACGCUGGGCCAAUUGUGCACCGCCCUAUGGGACUACUAAUCACGGUCGGAUAUGAUGCAUUAUAAUUAUACUUAACUUAAAACCUAACUUAGAAAUACAUUUGACGAUAGAAUUCUCCCCCUACCCUCCAUCUAGGCAAGUCUAUUGUCCAGCUACCUGCUAGAACAGCGGGAACGUUUCCCUAGUCAUAGCCAUUAUUAGUGCAAUGCCCCUUAGUGUUGCUCUGUGCUACCCAGUGUGACCCCCCCUCCUCCCUUCCCCAUGGGCUAGGUCUAUCUUCUGCUGCUCUGUGGCCCAUCCCGUGCCCCCUGCUCUCGUGCCUUGAACCUUGUGCUCUUUCAGUGGAGACAGCUGGAGAACUACAAGGCAAUCAAUCCAAUUAGGGAGAGAAACCAAAUACCUACAGUCAUCUCAUGGGUCUCCCAGUCGAGGCCCGCAUGGGUAUUGAACCAGCAUCUGUAGCAACACAGCUUGUCUUAGACUGUUGCGCCACCCAGGCGCUGAACAACGUGACCGAUCGGGAGUGGGCUACAGUAAUCUAAUCUGCCAUGCACUCCACCACUGCCUGACAGCCUCACCCAGAAGACACUGGGCCUAUCAAGACUGACAAAGCAGAGAUGGGUGGCUGACAAGAGCAACAGAUAACAGGAGUGGGGUUACGAUACCUUACAGAGACACAUCUGGAGAAUAUGGGCAUAGGGCCUCUUGGCACACGGCUGCAGAUUCUGCACUGCCUGAGGAAGCUGUGGCAGAUUGCAGCAGAGACCAAGGUGUUUAAUGACCCCAUCCAUGGCCAUGUAGAGAUGCAUCCUCUGCUGGUCCGUAUCAUCGACACCCCUCAGUUCCAGAGGCUCCGCCACAUUAAGCAGCUGGGAGGAACAUACUUUGUCUUCCCUGGAGCCUCCCACAACCGCUUCGAACACUCCAUAGGGGUAGGCUACCUGGCAGGUUCGCUGGUCCAGGAGUUGAAUGAGAGACAACCAGAGCUCUUCAUCUCUCGUAGAGACAUAUUGUGUGUCCAGAUCGCCGGUCUCUGUCACGACCUGGGUCAUGGUCCUUUCUCCCAUAUGUUUGAUGGGAUGUUCAUCCCCAAAGUGCGUCCAGAAUCUAAGUGGAAUGUCACCUUGUGUGUGUUACAGCACGAGGAGGCGUCCCUGGCCAUGUUUGACCACCUGGUGUGUGAGAACGCCUUGGAGCCGGCGAUGAAGGCCCAUGGCCUGGUCCUUCCUGAUGACCUGGUCUUCAUCAAGGAGCAGAUUGCUGGACCACAGAACACUGUCCCCCUCAGCCAGGGAGUAAGUCAGCCAGCCAGUGAGCCGUGGCCAUAUAAGGGCCGACCAGAGGAGAAGUCCUUCCUCUAUGAGAUUGUGGCCAACAAAAGGAACGGCAUCGAUGUAGACAAGUGGGACUACUUCGCCAGGGACUGCUUCCACCUGGGUAUCCAAAAUAACUUUGACUACCGUCGCUUUCUCAAGUUUGCCCGUGUGUGUGAGGUGGACGGGAAAAAGCACAUCUGCACCCGAGACAAGGAAGUGGGUAAUCUGUAUGACAUGUUCCACACACGCAACUGCCUGCAUAGAAGGGCCUACCAGCACAAGGUGGGCAACAUCAUCGAGACAAUGAUCACAGAGGCCUUUUUAAAGGCAGACCCCCACAUCCAGAUACAAGGUUCAGGGGGAAAGAUGUUCACCAUCUCCACAGCAAUAGACAACAUGGAGGCCUACACUAAACUCACGGACCAUAUGUUUGAGCAGAUUCUGUACUCGUCAUCCUCUGAGCUGGCUGAGGCCAGAGAGAUCCUCCAAAACAUCACCUGCAGACGCCUCUACAAGUGUGUGGGACAGACUCAGGCUGAGAAGCGAAUGGAGGUUUCACAGGAAAAGCUCCUGGACUGGGCAGGCUGUGUGGCGAGGUCCAGGCCUCAGAAUGACCUUCAAAAUGUUACUCUGCAGCCAGGGGACUUUGUUGUCAAUAUCAUCAACAUGGACUGGGGUAUGAAGGAGAAGAACCCCAUCGACAAAGUGCGCUUCUACUGUAAGAACGACCCAACCAAAGCUUACCGGAUCCGCAAGGACCAGGUGUCCAAGCUGCUGCCAGAACGGUUUGCUGAGCAGCUUAUCAGGGUCUACUGUAAGAAGACCGAUGAGAGGACCAUGGAGGCAGCUAAGAAGAACUUUGUCCAGUGGUGCAUGGAUAUGAACUUCUCCAAACCUCAGGAUGGAGAUGUGAUUGCACCAGAGCUCACCCCUCUUAAGGCAAGCUGGGCACACAACAAUGACAGUGAUGAUAAUGAUGAAGAGGAUAGCCAGGGAGGAAGAGGCUGGGAUGCAGUCAAUGGUGGACAAGAGAAGGCAAAGACCAGACUCUUUUAAGAGGAAGAUGAGAAACGAGAGAGUAUCCUUCUGUUUACGGCAGUGGUUACCAAUCAUGGUCUUUGAGGGCCACAGGGUAUGCAAGGUUUUGUUCCAACUCAGCACUAACACACCUGGUUCAGCUAAUCUAUGUCAUUAAGAUGAACUGACUAGCUGAAUCAGGUGUGCUCAUGAUGGGUUGUAACAAAAGCCUGCACACCCUGUUGCUCCCUAGGACCAUGGGUCGGUGACCGCCCCUCAAGAAAAUGUGAGUCAGACUUUCAGAAGAAGUAGCUUUAAACAGGGUUCUGUUCACUCUGAUUCAGUUUUGCCAGGGAUUAGAUCAUGUAGUUUAUUUUUAAAUUUACUUUUUAUGUUUUAUUUCAAGCAUACAUUUUAGGUUUGGAUAUCUUAACGUUAUGCUAUUUCAUGGUAAGAGAAGUGUGGGGAGUAUGUGAGUAUACAUACCUGUUCUCCCAGGCUAUGCAUGUUGAUGUAUGCCACUAUCAGACAUGGAUCUUUCCUAUAGCCAAGCAACAACUAUUACAUAUUUAUCCAUCCUGGUGAAAGUUACUCUUUGGACAAUCAUGCUGCUUUACCUUGUAAUACUCCCAAAGCUGAAUGUGUACUUAUCCUUGGUGUUAUAUUUGAUCCACAUGCAAACAAACAGGUAGCCAUUGUUUGUGUUUCAGGGCAUUGUCUUUCUUUUAUGCAUGGUUUCUACACUGUUUUAGUUUUUAUAUACCCACCUACCAUAGUUAGCCUGGUCAUGCAUACCUACAGUAUGUAGGCAAAAGUAGGAGUUGACUAAAGCACAUACAGAUCAGGGUACAAUGUAACUUAAUUAUGUUCCGAAAAGCCACCACUUUAACUGACAAACAAUGUGAAGUUAUCAUAUUAUCUUUGUUUUCAUCCAUGUACCCUACUGAGGCAAGUAGGUAAGCAGCUAUCUGUCUAGUGUUUGGUAUCAUUUGGGAGUCUCGUUAUGUUAUCUUCAUUUAAACAAUGUUUACCCUAAAGUCUGCCUCGAGAUGAGCCCACAGCUGUUGAUCAGACAUGUUUGUUGAUUUAAGUCAUGCACUUUGUUUUAAAUAAAGAAUAUCAUUUUGAAUUAAAGACUAA